GGUCGUUCAUAUGCCAACACAUGCAAGUCCCAAAAGAUGAGUCGCUUACGGCCAAUAGCUGACUCUCUGCAAAAUGUUGGAUUCGUUUCAAAGGGCGAUAAGAAGUUGUUGGACCAUAAGGUCCAGUCUGAAUACUUCGACACUAUAGCCGGUCGAUAUAUGCGGUUUUGUGACGAUCAUUCCAAAGACCUUGAUGCGGCACAUGCUUCACUUCCAACAAGCCCAUCUAGUGAUGCAACAUCCAACCCGCCCGCUACCCGGUCAUCCUUGGAUGCAACCCCCGCACGGAGGGGCAUCCCGCCACCAUCAACAGAGUUAUCUACACUCCUUCUAUCACUUCGUAAACUGCGCGAAGCCAUCCUAGCAACGUCGGAAACUGUUCCGGCAGGGUUCUCUCAUCGUGUUCAUGUGUUCUCCAUCCGACUUUCUAUUCUUGCACAUCACCCACCAUCAUACUUUCCUUCCUUGCGAUACAUCCUGGACAAACUGCAUUCGCCAUCCCAUCCGCUCCCUGAAGCCAAGGAAUUGGUCACCUACAUGAUCCUCGAUUAUGCCUGCCGACAGCAAGACAUGGCUGCGGCCUUCGAAUUGCGCGCCCGGGCGCGGAAGGAGUUGGCCUUUCAGUCACAGACCAUAGACAAAGUUCUCACUGCAUUGAUUCACAACGAUUGGGUGAUUUUCUGGCAGGUUCACAACAGUGUGGACUCUCAUAUCCGCGCAGUGAUGAAUUGGGCCGUAGAUCGAAUCCGGAGACACGCGCUCAAGGCCGUCGGCAGUGCCUACCUCCACGUGCAUAUUAGUUGGAUUUUGGGCGGCUGCACGGGAGAUGAUCGAAGUUGGACGUGGGAGAAAUUGGCUGAGAAAGAGAAUCUUUGCUGGGAGCGAGAAGGUGAUAAGAUUAUCAUUAAAAGACCGAAACAAAGGCCCCUACCAAAACCAGAGACAAGCUCAUCAACUGUAUGA